GCAGGUCUUGCAUGAGCAAAGCAGGAAACGACACUGGAUCGACUGGACUGUUUUCAUAGCGCCGAAACUGCACGAGUGGGCUGUUUGUUUUGGGCGUUGAAAAAAAAACACGUGGGAGACUUAUACAUACAUAUAUAUAGAGAGACAGAGAGCCGUCUGAGGGCAUGGAGCGGCGCUCUUAACCUGUCCGUUAUGGAGAUGACAAACGAAAAUGCAGCUUGUCGGUUCCACGCGGUUGUAAUGGAGCCCGAAAGGCGUGUGAGGACAAAGUACCGCUCACUGCGGCGACAGGUGUGCCUCGUCCAGUCCAUUAGCGCGCUCUUCUGCUUCGGCUGCUGCCUGUUCACGCUCCUCUAUCACGCCUUCCCGCCGACCUUCAAGGAAAAUGAAACCAGUGAGGCACCGACAUUUGGGAUGCAGUACCAAGGCAAUGAAUUGAAUAGCAGAAAAGAAACGAUCCCGACACAAAGAAACACUUUCACUUCUUUCACUCGCUUGACAGUUAAAAACCACGUCAAGUUCACUAAAGAAAAGGGAUAUGUGCCAUGGAUGUACACACCAGAGUACCUGUCACCAGGCCAUACCAGAUACUUCAUCCUGGAAGACGAUAAUGAAUCUCUCAAAGUCCUUAACGAUGGAACGUACAAGAUUUCUCUUCAGAUCACAUACAGAAAUUUCAGUGAAGAGUCAGAGGAAAUAUCUCUGCAGCACGAUAUUCGUCAUUAUACCGACGCAUACGGUAAAUACCUGCCGCUGCUCACCCACUUGGAAGCAGUCAACCUCAAAAACUGGAGGAAAAGUCUGUUCUCUGAGGGUAUUUUUUCUCUUAAAUCUGGGGACAGACUCAAGGUAUGGUCGGAGAACCUGAAGCUCAUUGACGUUUCAGGGGUGAUUUCACAAAAAACAUCUUUUGUAGCAUAUCCUCAUUUUUGCACAUGAGAGUACAGCGAAUAUAAAAUCAAAAAAGGCCAUUUCUUCUGUAGCUGCGCACAAAGAUCAAAAGGGCUCCCGUGACAUAUCAUAUUCACCUGAGAUGACCUUAUCGUCUUAAACAGAUUCUUCUUCUGUCAACAGAAUGAUUUGAAUCUCAGAUGUAAUUUUGCUAUAAUCAAUAGCGGAAGUAUGCGCAGAAGAAAAGCCUUAUGAAAAAUACUGAGGUGCGGUAACGGUGUCGCAUGCUAAUACCAGGGCACUUUGACAUCAACUUUUGUACUGAAAACCAUUCCUUCCUGAAAGGUUUUUCAAGAACAUCACGUUACAUGUGCUUUUUGGUAUUUUCUUUUUGUAUGAGAAGACCGUUGUGCUUCACGGUCAUUGGCUUGGGUUUUUAAAAAGUUCAAUUUUUUAAGCAUCGCAACUACCGUAGAAUUGCACAGUUGUACUUUGGUUGCAUUGAAUUUGGUAAAAAAUAUAUAUAUAUAUAUAUAUAUAUAUAUAUAUAUAUAUAUAUAUAUAUAUAUAUAUAUAUAUAUAUAUAUAUAUAUAUAUAAAAAAAAAUUGUAUGCAUUCAAAUGCUGCAUAUUAUAAUAUUUAUACUACUGUAAUCUUAUUGUAUGCUUUUGUAUGUUUUCAUUGUCUGAUUAAGGUUCUGGGCUGUUAAUGCAAAGUUUCCAGGUUCAGUAACAUUACGGAGUGAAGUGAACGAUCAAUAUCAUGUAUUGCUCCGUUCCCUAGUGUGUUUUUGGGGUGCAUCGUGGGUGCUGUUAUUGUAAUUUGUAAGAUAGAAGUUAUUUUGUACCGAAAGGGUUUGCAAUGACCAAAUAUGACCUAAUUUGCAUUAAAGAUACUUUCAUGUAUUUGAAUACGUCUUCAUCAUGACAUUAUUCUUUGACCAUGACGAAUCAAUAAAUACUAUUACGUAAA